AUGACACGUACCAAUGCUACUUCAGCGUGUUUUUUUUGUAAAAAAAGACACCAAAAAUGUUUAAGACUUUCUGAGGGAAGUCUUUGUACAAAUUGUCAAAAACAUAACCAUGAAUGUAUUCCCGUUCCAGGGAACAAACGUGGACCAAAGCCACGCGGACUUAGAUCUAGGUCUGCCAAUUUCCAACCUUAUCCCUCUUAUGGAACUAUUCAAAAUACAUUUGUUAAUCAAGAUGAAUCAACGCAAAACAAUCCUAAUUUUAGUUAUUCACACGAACAAAAUUCAUUUUCUAGCGAUUCCGCUCUCAAUAUUAACCCUUUUGAGAUUAGCAUUAAUCAAUUUCCCUUAUUUUCAUCGCCUUCAUCCUCUUACAUUCACGAUGAAGAGACAACAUCCUCCUUUUUCGAAAUUCAGUUUCAUUCUCAUAAUAAUACCAUUACUACUACUUACAACGUUAACCCUUAUGGGACUGUUGAUACAUUUCACAAUACGUUCCCUUUUAUUCACAAUGAGCAAACGCCAAAUCAUGAACAAACAUCUUCUUUCAUUAACAAAUAA